UUAAAUAGCAUUCCAUACUUGAAAGCUGCCAAAGAAAAUUUUGCGUGAACACGGUGUUUGUCUCCAAUUUCAUCUAAAUACUAGCUCCUAGACAUAUACUACGUGUAUUUUGUGACCGUAUUCUAAAAGAUGAAAGCAUGAUGGCCGAUAAAGCAGAAGCAAAAGACAACUCGUUGCUUGGAGAUGCCUCGAUGGAGAAGCGCAGGAGAAAGCGUCAUAAGAAAAUCAUACUUGAUGUCAGUCAGCAGAUCGAGUUUUACUUCAGCGAUGCCAAUUUGAGGAAAGAUCGAUUCCUGAAGCAAGAAAUGUCCAAAAAUAAAGAUGGAUAUGUUAGUGUGGAGACCAUUGCAAAUUUCAACAAGAUGUUGUCCAUGACUGAAGAUAGGAAGGUGGUUGUCUCUGCCAUUCAGCUUUCAAAAAUCCUGGAGCUCAGUGAUGAUCAGCUCUUUGUGAAACGGAAAACUCCUCUGGAGCCUCCAAAGUAUGAUCCUGAUGACUGCACUGUAUAUGUAGAAUGCAUACCAAAGAAGGCAGACCAUGACUGGCUCAGGAAAACCUUCUCAUACUGCGGUAAAGUGGUGUAUGUUAGUCUACCCCGCUACAAGUCGACUUCGGAUAUCAAGGGGUUCGCUUUCGUUGAGUUUGAGUCUCCCACAGAAGCCAGCAGGGCUUGUCAGCUUUUAAACAAUCCCCCACCCAAUAUGAUGGACCGGGCUGGAAAAUUCCCCAAGAUGAGAGGAACAAAGAGGAUAGUGCCUUUGGAGUUUGACCAGAACAAGGGAUUUUAUCCCAGUAGUAACCAGCCUAUGAGGGCUUCAGGACAAGGACUUGAAGACUGCAGUGGUGGCAGGUUAGGAACCAAUGCAAAUCAGGCUAGUGGGAACAUGGGAAGAACUGAUCUGAUGGGGAGGUUGGAUGGUGGUCAAGGAGAACAGAAAAGGAAAAGACAGUCUGAUGAUGGGGAUAAGGCUUCAGAUGGAAGUAAGAGACUGAAGGAUUCUUCUUCUGGCGAAGACAAGAACACCGGUGAUGGAUUGAGGGAAUCGUCGGACUCGACUAAGGGGCUGAAGCGGAAGCGAAUGGUGGAACCUGACCUGGAGGGCCACACGUCUUCAAGAAAGGGCGCCUCUGUGAGUGAGAGUUUUAACGCGGAUGAGGAAGCUGAUGGACAGGUGCCCAAGACUUUGCAGGAGGCCAAGAGGCGAAUGAUGAAGAGGAAGCGGAGUCUUAGCGAAGGAGACAUGUGGAGUGUCCGGGAGAUGGCAGAGGACGGGGAUGGAGACGAAGACGAUCCUGAUCUUUGCACCAAAGCAAUGAAGAAACUGAGAGCCGAUGAUGUGAGAGAUGCAGUGGGUGAAGGGGUGAAAGACGAGGAAAAGAAGAAGCGGAAUCGGAAGAAGAAAGUAAAGAAGAUUCAGGAGGAAGAGGAAACUCUUUUCCUUAGAGUCAUCUCAAAGAGAGAGUGGUUAUUACUCAAAGAGGAGUAUCUUGAACUACAAAGGGAGAGUUUAGCCCAGAUGAAACAAGCCAAGAGAUCAAACUUUCCAAUGCCCAUAUUUAGAAGAGGAACCCAAACUGCCCCAAAGGUGUGUGAUAGUGAUACAUUACAGCCGAAGAAGGAAGAUCUCACCCAGUCUACGUCCAACGAGCCUGCCUUUACUGCAGGGACUGUCAUGAAAUUAGAAUGCUUGCAAUCAGGGGUCUCAAGGAAAGAAGUUAAGGAGCACCUUCAAGCCAUCUCGCCCGUUGCUUAUGUAGAACUCCUUGAAGGCCAAACCCAAGGGUUUGUCAGGUUCGAAUCCGCAGACGGACCUAAGGCUGUUCUUCAGGACACCAACAUUUCCCAUCUUGCUUCACAGCACCUGUCACUUUCUCUAGUUACAGGAGUCGCAGAAAAAGCGUACUGGGAGAAGCUCUCCCGUGAUCGCCAGAUCAAGCUUGGCUCUAAACAGAAGAAGAAGAAAAAGAGAGGAGUGAAUAAGACUGCUGGCCGAUCGAUCACAGAGAAGGAGAAGGCGCACAUCAGAUUCGAUGAUUAAGUCC